AUGUCGGGUUUGCUUAUGAGUGUGCGGGUGGGGAAAUGGCUGGCUGAAGUUCAGAGUGGUUUCCAAGUGAUAGUUAUUGCUGGGUUUCUUGACUUUUUUGAGUAUCUGGUAAUAUCAUGUGCAUUACUGGCUGAAGCGUGGUCUUCGCUGUUUGAGUGUGGCGCACAGGGAGAGCGUGCUGAGCCUUAUGAUUACUGCGUCGUUAUGUCCGCUUGA